AAUGGGGUCCCUGGAUUCUAAUGUCAACUCCUCAAACAUGGGAUCCCUGGAUGCCGGAUCAGGAGACGAUACUAAAACCCCGACUGCAGAUUUGGCCCACUGGAUGGAGAUUGUGUACGGCAGCAUUCUCUCACUUCUCUUUCUGGUGAUUGUGUCGAGCAGUGUUUUGGUGUUGCUUGUAGUGGUUACCAACUCCAAACUGCACAGUCUCCCGGGGUACUUGAUGGCAGCACUAGGCAUAUGCGACCUCACUAUGGCUGUGACUUCUAUAAUCCCGUCUGUGCUGACUAUCAUCUGGGAAAAGUGGCUUUUCACAGAGACUGGGUGCUACAUGCAGGCAUACUGCCAGACAUACCUGGGUCCCCUGGAAAGCAGCUUCAUCAUGUUCUGCGCCCUGGAUCGCUUCAGUGCAAUUCGAUCCCCUCUUUUCUACAGCCAACUAGAGAUAUACGUAUUAAGAUACCUCAAGUUAAUAAUUCUUAUAACUAUACUUAUUAACCUUCCGAUUCCAACUGCGGCCGCUAUAAUAGCGAAGACGGUGAAGUUCAACCCUCGUUUUUCGCACUGUGUGUUCUCGUUCGACGGUCAUUUUGUAGUGCCGUUUCUCAACUACGUGUUGCAGUAUUUACUCCCCGGACUGGUGAUCAUCUUCUGCUACUCCUACAUUGCAGUUGCUGCUUUUAGAAGCAAAAAAGAACACCUGAAGACACUCAAAAGCGUUGAAGAGGCAAGUCGCCAUCAGCGCAAGGACGCCAACACCACCACUUACUCUAACGACAUUAAACCCGACCAGAAUAACGGAGGACGACAUCCUCUGACGUCAUCGAGGAGCAAUGACGUCACAAAUGGCUCGUCCUCGGCUGACAGCUCGGCACACAGUUUCUUCCGACACCUGAAACUGUGCAAGAUGCUGUUCAUCAUUACAUUUGUGUAUAUUCUGUCGUUCCUACCGAAUUUUUUGUAUGGAUUCCUAGUGGCAUUCGAUGUCAUACCAUUCAACAUAUACUUUUACAAGGUGAUUCAUUUUCUGACGUAUAUCAACGGGGCAUUUAAUGCUCUCAUUUAUUACUCCAUGAGUGUGGUUUUCAAAGAUGGGUUCCACAGAACUAUGUCCAAACUAUUCCCCAAUCUCGCAUUCUCCGACCCCUCGGAAGUUGGCGAGGAGCUCUUGGACUCCAAUGGAAACAAAGCAACCCAAAUAGAACUGCAGCAAGAAGCUGUCACAGGAAAGAAUUCGAAAACAGGGUCGUAUCCAGGGAACAGAUCGAAUAAAAAACGACCUAAGUUUGAACUAGAUGUAUGAACUCUACUCCCUUCAUUAUAAUGCAUAUAACUCUAAUACGUACCAAAGUUUCUCGCAAACAAAUGGACAUAACAAAUAAAUUAUUAAAAUUUAAGUUUGAACUCAUUGGUGCCAAAUAUAAACAAACCU